CCUGACCCGAGCCCGCCAGUCACGUGAUACGGGCUCCAUCGUCGCCAUCUUGAAGCGGUGGCCGGAGGUAUUAUGGAAGAGGGGAGCACUGUUGCAGUACUGAUGCCAAGUAUUGGGGAACAGGAAGCUGUGCUGAUUUCUGAAACAGUCAUUGGCCCAACGCUGCAGAACAGUGAAGAUCAGAGAAAAUGUAAAACUGACCCACUAAUCCACGUUAUCCAGAAACUAAGCAAAAUAGUUGAAAGUGAGAAGUCUCAAAGAUGCCUUCUGAUAGGGAAAAAACGUUCCCAUCCUAGUGCUUCUGCAGAGUCCUUUGAUGUAGAUGAUCUUUGUGAAAUCCCAGCUAAAGCAAUUGAGCUAUCCGUUAUUGCUACCAAAAAGACUGAAGAGUUACAAGCGGGUUAUUUUGUGACUGAAUGUCUUCCACAAAGCAAAAAAAAGAUGACCUGUUACCAGUGUAGUCUAUGUAAGUUUCUAUCACCAUCUCUCUUAACACUACAAGAACAUAUAAAAGAACACGGGCAGAAAAAUGAAGUCAUAUUAAUGUGUUCAGAGUGUCAUUUUGCUUCCAAAAGCCAAGAAGAACUUGAAUCCCACUUCCAAAAUUACCACGAGAAUAAUGGUAAAAAUAGCAUCCAGACAAAAGUGCAGCAAUGUGUAAAUAUUGCAAGUUCAUUUUUGCAGGGGCCAGUGGAAGGAAGUGUCAAAUCAGGGACUGAUCAGAUGGGAAAUCUGGAAUGUAAAGAUACAACUCAGUCUACUCAUAUGCCUGAAAUGGGUAGGAGAAAAUGGUAUACUUACGAGCAGUAUGGCAUGUACCGGUGUUUAAUUUGCCGGUACACCUGUGGUCAGCAAAGGAUGUUGAAAACACACGCUUGGAAACACGCGGGUGAGGUUGAUUGCUCCUAUCCUAUCUUUGAGGAAGAAAAUGAAGCUACCAACGUUUCAGAGACUGUUGUAACUCACACACCUCAUAGCGUGGAUACAGUUGUUCUUUCUUUGGAAAACAAUGAACUUGAUAUCCACAGCGAACCUUCUCUUCAACUUCAGAUUUGCAAUUCUGAGCAACUGCCAUGUAAAUCGCCAGCAGGAACAAAUGUAAAAGAGGAAGAAAUAUUAAAUCAGUCUAUAGUGCAUUCUCCUUCUACUGAAGUUUUAGAGGAAACUGUUUCAGAUACAGAACAGGAUAAUAUGAUAACUGAUAGUCUGCUUUCAUCAGCACAGAAAAUCAUCAGUUGUAGUCCAAAUAAAAAGGGUCACAUUAAUGUAAUAGUAGAGCGUUUGCCAGGUGCUGAAGAAAGUGUUUUACAAAAGCCUUUCUUGAUGAACAAUGACAUUGAAACAGAAAAGAAAUUAAUCUCAGAGGAGUCCCAUGUUACCUGUGAAGAACCUGAUGAAGUUUAUCGUUCAGAAGCAAUUCAAGAAGUAAUAAUAGGAUGGAAUAAUUCAGAGAAAAAGGAUCAUGAAUUAAACUCUAAUAAAAACAUAACAGCUGAUGAAAAUGUUCCUCCUGCACGAAGAAGAACAAAUUCAGAGUCUUUACGACUCCACUCAUUAGCUGCAGAAGCCCUCGUUACAAUGCCUAUCAGAGCUGCAGAGCUAACCAGGUCUAGCUUCAGGGCUCUGACUGGAGGAGAUACUGUGGAUGCAGGUGCCGGACAAGCUGAAGCUGAUGGCCCGUGCAUGGCUCAUUCUAAAGUGGUAUCUUCACUUAGGAAUCCUUCAGAGGAGUUUAGUGGCUUAAACCAAAGUGAAUGUGCAAUAGUUGAGAUACAGAAAGAAAGGCCAGAGUUAUCAGAAGCACCAAUUAAAAUGGGCAUCAGUAUGUCUCUACUCACUGUCAUUGAAAAACUGAAGGAGAGAACAGACCAGAAUGCUUCUGAUGAUGACAUUCUGAAAGAAUUACAAGACAACGCACAAUGCCAAAAUACAAUUGAUGCAAAUAUUCCUGGGAGUAACCUAGUAGAAUAUAUACCUAAUGUAGAUCGACCCUACCGCUGUCGCCUGUGCCAUUAUAGCAGUGGUAAUAAGGGCUACAUAAAACAACACUUGAGAGUCCAUCGUCAGAGGCAGCCGUACCAGUGUCCUAUCUGUGAACACAUCGCUGACAAUAGUAAGGAUUUAGAGAGCCACAUGAUCAACCACUGCAAAACAAGAAUGUAUCAGUGCAAGCAAUGUGAAGAAUCCUUUCAUUAUAAGAGCCAACUGCGAAAUCAUGAAAGAGAACAACACAGUCUUCCAGAUAUCUUUUCAACAGCUACAUCUAACAAAGUAACAGUUUCCAAUGAAGUAGAUGAAAGAGAAGGAAAUAAGUCUUCAGUUCAGAAACUGUAUAGAUGUGAUGUAUGUGACUACACAAGCACAACUUAUGUUGGUGUACGGAAUCACAGACGAAUUCAUAACUCUGAUAAGCCAUAUAGAUGUCAAGUAUGCGACUUCGCCACCACAAAUAUGAAUAGCUUGAAAUGCCAUAUGAGGCGUCACCCCCAGGAGCAUCAGGCAGUGCAGCUAAUGGAACAGUACAAAUGUUCUCUCUGUGGUUAUGUAUGUAGCCAUCCUCCAUCCCUGAAGUCCCACAUGUGGAAACAUGCGAGUGACCAAAAUUAUAACUAUGAACAAGUGAACAAGGCUAUUAAUGAUGCAAUUUCACAAAGCAGCAGGUUUCAAGGACAGCUUCCUGACAAAACCUUACUAGAAGGCACGGAUGAAAGUACAGUACCUAUACUAGGAAGUUCAGACAACUUGGUGUCUUUUACAGAGUUUACUAACCAGACAAUGAAUGAAAUUUCAGGUUCUGAUGAAAAUGAAAAACCUAACUUGAUGAAUACCUCAUGCAGUUUAGAAAAGAACUCCACUCUAACCCACCUUGGCACAGAAUACUGUGUUCUUCUCUUCUGUUGCUGCAUUUGUGGUUUUGAGUCUACCAACAAAGAAAAUCUGCUCGAUCAUAUGAAAGAACAUGAGGGUGAGAUCAUAAACAUCAUUCUAAAUAAGGACCACAGCACAACUCAGAGCACAAAUUAGGUGAAGCAGUAAGUUAAAGAGAGGGUUUCCUCUCUUUCUUUCUUUCUUUGCUAAUUAUUGCCUGAGAAACUUGCUGAAAAGAAGAAUUGCAAGAAAAACUUGAUUUCUGAUCCUGACUCCUUGUUUCAGUAGAGUACAAUAUUUUAACCAGGGACUGAUGAAUCAUUUAGGAGAUAAAUGUAAAGACUGGGGAAUAGAAUGAUCCAUUUUAACUUGUUAUUUCCCUAGAUGGUGCCAAGAAUGUAGGAUUGUUGGGGUUUUUUUUUUCCUUUUAUUGUCAGAUACUAGUCAGUAAUAAUGUAUUAGUACAGUACAUUAAAACCCAAAGGUGUGAAAGCUUUGUAUCAAUUUUAAAGCUUUUUUUUCUUCUCCCCUCUUUGUUUUCCAAGUAUUUCAGGAAAGAACUUUUUAACCCCCUUUUUUGAAACAGGCAACAGACCAGGUAAAAGUUUUACAAUAUGAUCUCAUAAACCCUACAGCCUGGAUUCUGGAAGGUAGAGAGAGGUAGGUGGGCGAGGGCAUGAGUACACUUGCAUGCACCCACAGGCAUUUCAUUUUUCCCAGUCUAUUUUUAAGGCCUUACAAACUCCAUGUCAUCCUCCAACAAGACUGCUAUCCUUUCCAUCAAUUUACAGCAGCGGGAGCUCAGGAGGAGCCGAGAAGCUAGUAACUAUUUGUCUGAUUGGAUGCUAACUUAAAAACUGCUAUCUUUUGAAUUGAUAAUGUGUAAAAGAUCCUUUAUAAUAAUGACCUGCUGUUUCUUAAUGGUUUUCUUGACACAUUGAGCAGAACUAUUUUUAAAAUGAAAAAAAGCUUAUCAUAUGUCACUUUUAAUUUGUAGCGAUUCCUUUGCAGUACAUAUGAGCAAUGUUUUUUAAUGAGAGCAAGAUAUUAACAAUAAUUGCCUCAAAGAGAUGUAAAUUAAGCCUAUGUAGAUUCCUAAAUAUGUAGGUGAGCAUGAAGUGGGACUUGGGUAAACGCCUACAUGCUUUGGAGCUCUUUGAAAUCCCACAGGCUGUGGAAAUUUCUGAUUUGUUUGGCAGAGCUGUAACUGUAGAAAUAAUACAUUUAAGAGAAAGUAAUCUUCCUGUAGAAAAACAAUAUUUUUGUUUAAAUAGCAAACAAUAUUUUAAGCAAAAACUGUAUCCAGUCACUUGUUGAACAAAUUUUACUACAGCAUAUAACAUGGAUCCAUGAAGGCAAUUAGGAGUUAGUUUGUUUUCUAUGAAACACGUACAAAUCUCACUUUCAAAGACCCAAGCUUCUAAAAUUACAGGAUUUUUUUUUUUUUUUUACAGUAACAGCAGCUUGCAAUAGAAGACAUUUUGUUUGAAAUAUCUGCUUCCAAGUGAAGUAGUAAUACUUCCAAAGAAGGCCUUUAGUGGCCAGAUUUAAACUUUCUAGUUCAGGUGUGUAUUUUGGCUUUUAAUGAAUGGCAGAUGCACAGAAGCAUGCCUAGUUCCUGAUAUGGGGAUGCAGUUACUUGAUUUUUAGUAGCUCAUAAAUUGAAAAAUUACUUGCUCUUUAAAAAACAGUAUUUCAUGGUUACUUUAAGUAUGCAUUUCUGCUAGCAGAAAUAAGUUACAGCUAUAAAUCUUAAGAAUGUGGCAUAUGUAGUGUACAGCCUAUCAUGCUACCACUAACUGGAAGUGGCAAACAGAAGAAGAAAUCAAGUUUUGUACAUUAUGAAACAGCACAAAAUCUAAAGGCCAGAGUAGAGACACGUAAGAUUCCAAGUACAUCUGAUGUAUUUUGUUUUCAAGUGGUUUCCUCAAUUUGACUUGUUCUUUUGGGUUAAAUAUCUAUUAUUUUGUUUAUAAAUUCACAAAAAGUACACAUUUUACUUUAAAAAUUGAUGAGAAUAUAAUGUCAAAGCAUUUUUGUGGCACAUAUUUGAAGUAUUUUAAAUACAUAUGUGAAGUAAGUAUACAUCAUUUUCAGUUAAAAGUUAUUUUUCAUACUCCUACAGAUGGAUAUUACAUUUGAAAAGCAUUAUUUAUUUACAUUAUCUCAGAUUCAAUUAGAGACUUGUUCUGUCUUAUUUAAGACACUGACAUUUUAACUUCAAUAUAGAAUCCAUGUGAAGACAGUACAUUAUCUGAAAUAUAUCUCAACUUUCUCAUUCAGAGAUUCCAUUUGUUGAAAAAAUUAAAAGUAUGAUGAGAUCCACAAUAGUGGUAAACUAUUGGUCAGUAUUCACAGAAGCGAUAUUUUGACACAUUGUUAUUUUUUGUGUAAAGAGAUAAUGAUGUCAAAGUUGCUCAGCUAGUGAAAAAGGCAAAAAACUUGCAUUCAUAAGCUAAGAAGGAGGCGGCAGUGAACCAAGACUUAGAAAGCAAGUAAGCUUGAAUCAAAAUUAACAAUUUGGUGCUUGUGCAAGCCACACUUGCAGCAUUCAGUAUAAUGCACCAGGACUUCUUGUAAUGGGAUUACUGUAAUGGGAUUACUAAGCAGGAUGCAUCUAUUCACAGUUUCUUGCCAUCUUGCGGCUUUUUUCUUUUUGACCAUGUGUUCCUAUAAAAUAGUAGAAUGUUAGUUGCCUCUAAAAACCAUUAUCCUGACACAUGCCAACAAAUAACCCUUUCCCAUAUGCACAGAGGUCAUUUUUUUUAACUUUCUCCAUGCUGCUUGCCACUAGUUACCACUCACAAUUCUCAUGGACUUCAUCAGAAGUUCUGCAUGUGAAGUAAUUAUAGAUUUAGUUUUUCUGAAAGCAAAUUAUUUCUCAGGUUAUCUGCUUUAGAAAGUGUAUGGUUGGCUCGGUUGCAUGUUAUGUAAGGGUUUUACGCACAUUUCAAAGUCAACAACACUGCGUUCUUCCUCUUUCUUAAAGCUUUUCAAAUCUUUUUGGAUCUUCUGUCACAGCACUAUCAGUUGAUCAGCUACUCACUUGCUGUGUGUUUAAAUUAGGUUUUAUGUGAUAUGAACUGUAACUUACAGCUUUUCUUUAAAUGCCUAUACUUCUACUAAAGAGAAAAUUUCCUUCAUACUAGACUAUACUGAUAAAUAGGUGCGUAUUUCAUCUUUCCAAUUUCCGCUUGGCCUGGAAAAAUAGAGUGAGAUUCAGUCAGAGUUGUUGUAUUUUCCUCUUUCAGAAGCACUUAUUUAAUCAUUUUUUUAAAUGUACAGUUGGUGCUCAAAGUAACAUUUGUUAAGAUAUAUUUAAUAGAAAUUUACAUUUGCAUUUGAUAUUCAUGGACAUGGGUACAUGUAUUUUUUUAAGAAAAGGUAUUGUAACACUAUGGCACUGCUUUUAUAGCCAAAGGAUAAAAAAAUUUAGAAACUGACAUGUAAAGACUGCAGUUAAUUCUGAUGCUGUAUCUUAUUAAAUAGGAUGAGUUUUCAUUUUAUAAAAUUAUCCAGCACAUUAAGCUGCAUGCCUUAAGCUCUCUCUAGCAUUAUGUUCCUGAUAGACGACUGUUUGGAACUAUGAAGCAAAGUCUGUAGUACUACUUCAACUACCUUCUGAAAUACUGUACAAUGUUAGAAUAAUUUAUUUUGCUUUACAGGAGUUUGUCACGUAUUGACU